GGGACCAUCACUGCAGCUGACUGCCAUUGUUCGUGACUUGGACAGCAGAAGCCGGGAGCAGAAAACCCAGAGUCAGCGCCGGCUGGGGUGGGGAAGGCCUUGAACCAUGAAGAAGCAUAGUUCAGCAGAACCUGGCCAGGGGGCAGCAGGACUCCAGGAGAGCUGGUCGGGGAAGCUGGGCAGAGAAAGCCCCAUCCCAGGCCCACCGCAGGAGACAGCUUUGAGCUGACCAGAAGAUUCCGAAGCAAUAAGAAAUCAACACACUUGAAAAGGAAGAAGUUCUAUUUAAUGAUGAAUGACCAACACAGAAACAGAUUGCUGAACUGACCUCUGUUGCAGCCAUUCGUGGGAACCCUCCAUCCUUCAGGUGAUGAUGUUGCAGUAGUGAAAAGGCCCAGCAAAGGAGAAAGGAUGAGAAGGGAGGGCUGGCUGUGGACCAUGGGGCUUGCCUUGGUCCUGGCAGCCACCAGCGUCGAGAGUUUCUCAAGUCCCAGGUGUGGGGGAUGCUCCAUGGAAAUGAGAAGCCACACCAUGUCCUACCUCACCUCCCAUGUCCAGCCGGUCCACCAGCCCUACCUCACCCUGUGCCCGGGAAACAGGCUCUGCAGUACAUACAGAACAACCUAUAAAGUUGGACAUCGCCAGGCUUAUCGGAAAGUUUCCCACCCAGAAUACGUUUGCGGCCCUGAAUGGAAGCGGAGAAAUGCUUUCUCCCCGCUCGGAUGUCCCACAGCUGCUAUUUGCCGCCCACCGUGCCUGCCCAGCCGGAAAUGUUCGCUCCCAAAUGACUGCGCCUGCCCUGGAUGGACCGGGAGGUGUUGCCAGACAGAUGUGGACGAGUGUGCGACGGGGAAACACGGCUGCAGCCAGCUUUGCAUCAACACGGCCGGAAGUUACCGCUGCACUUGCCAUCCAGGGUACGAGCUCCAAGCGGAUGGACAAACUUGCCGGGCUCUGAAAGUGCCCCCCACCCCAGCUCCCCCAGGAAGUGACAGCCUUCCCGUUCCAGACGAAGUAAGGGAACUGCGAAGCAGGUUGGCCGCUUUGGAAGAAAAGUUCCAGCUCAUUUUGGCACCAUUUCUCAAACUGGAUCUGCCUGGUGCCAGAGAGGGCCCUGGGACAGCAGAACCCAUCAGCCUGGUGGUCCACCUGAUCCAGCAACUGGACCGAAUAGAUUCGCUCAGCGAGCAGAUCUCUUUCCUGGAGGAGCGGCUGGAAACCUGUUCCUGCAAGAACCGUCUCUGAGGCUGAAGGAGGUUGGAGGUCCGCGUUCCCACUGUUUUCCUGGUGUGUCUCUCCGUUGAGUAGCAACUGAGCCCUGUUCCAGCAACCAAGCCAAGCGAAGGCAGCGGAGAGGAUUAAGCGGCUGGAAAUAUCACGUUCUCAGCAAGCCUCCCCCCCCCCGCCCCGCUCCACCUCUCCCUCCAGUUGGCUGGCUCCCAGGAUGGCUCACCUCCCCAAACCCUGCUGGCCAGAGGUGGUGGAAGGGAGACAGGCGGCCUCCUAGCAAAACAUCCCUGGGAAACAGGAAGCAUCUUGCUUGCUGAGCGGACGGAUUCGGGUGAGGUGGGCAGGUCUUGCCUCUUCCCCACGAAGUAGAAGAGCAGCAAUUCAGAAAAAAAAAGGGGGGGGGUUGGCCAGGCUCAGAAGCUGCUCUUUUCCAGGCUGCCACCCAAAAUAUCUUGGCAAAGCAGGGUUAAUUCUGUGGGGAGGGGGUGGCGCUAAACCAACCCUCCCACAUGUAAAUGCACCAUUAAUGUCCUGCUUGCUUCACUUUCCCAUUGUAGGAAAACUACCACUGUGUUUCCCAUGUCCUCCCUUUCCAAGAAAGAAAUAGAAUCCUAGGGCUGGGAGGGACCUUGGAGGUCUUCUAGUUCAACCCCCUGCUCAAGCAGGAGACCCUAUACCCA